GUUUUUUCUUUGAAACCACAAAUAUAUGCAAUAUACGAGAAUCAAGCCAAAUAGUAAUGAAUAAAACCAUCCUUUCUUUUACUGUAAUGAAGAAAAUCUUUGAAAAUAUUUGAGCCAAUGUUUAAACCACAUUAUUUGACAGAUAUUUCAUAAAGCAUGAGAUUCCUGAGGAUCAAUUCUUAUAAACAAGGGAACAGAGUAAUUAUCAGAAAGUGGGAGUGAUUUUAUUACAUUUUCAUGUUUUCAGGCUGUCGAGAGUGAAGGCCCACAUGUUGGGUUGACGGUUUACUAAAGUGUCGGCUACUGUAACAAUGACUAUAUAUUGUAUAUUUAUCUGUCUUUCAGGGGCAAUUCAUUGAUUUUUGCCACAACUAUACUCUUUAUACCAACAACAGCCUGGACGGUCCUAUGACACGCCAAUUACGCUUGAAACCAAUGGUUUCUUUUACUGUAUUCUUUAACGUUUUCUCAUUAGAAGAGUCCUUCCCCGAGUCAUUAUCAUUUUAAAUAGCAGGGAAAACUUGUAGGAAUCAUGAAACAUUAAUGAUUUAAGGACGAUAGGAACAUAUUAUUUUGCUGAAAAUAGAGGGAUUCAUAAAAUAAUAUGAUAUUAUACAUAGAAAGAGUGCCUACAUUGUAUUACCUUUCUGGUAGCUGUUGAUGCUUAUUGAGUUUAUGAAACUUUUAUAAUUGAUAUCAAAAUCUUUUAGAAAAGCUGUGGAAGGUAUUAGUACGCCCAGUUUCUAUUGGUUAUUCUCCUUUUCAAGUACUUGAUCUUGCAUAUCUUGAAGUGAAUAAUUUAUAUUACAUCAUGUUUGUCUGUAUAGUUAUAAAAUCGUAAUAGUACUAUCUUAAAACAAGGUGAUUUAUUUACAGUGCCGUGAAAUCCCUAAUAUGUGAAAAAGGAGCAGAUCCGAAUUUGAUAUUGCCUAAUAAAGGCAUCUCAUCCUUCCACCUAACCAUUGGCAGUGACUGUACUGAUUUUGCUCUCAAAGUCACUCGUUUCAUAUUGCAAAAUGGGGGAAAUCCAAACGUCAGGUCCGACGAUGGCCUCACCCCGGUUCACAUCGCUGCAGCCUGGGGUCGCAACGACAUCUUGCGGCUACUGUUGGGUUGCGGAGGCGACCCCGAAGUCCGAGAUUCAAACAGGCUCACUCCCAUUCACUACGCUCACAAGGAGGAGCACAGAGACUGCCUCAGACUGUUGGCGCAACAUGUGCAGCACAAGAAUGAGGUGCUUUUCGCUAGGAAGGAUGAGGGACCUGACGGAUGCGUGCAGUUUCACUUAGACAAAAUCUUGGUCAACAACGGUCAACACAUAGGAGAGUAUGAAAUAGUAGAAGACCACAAACCUGACAGUAUUACACCAUCAAAUUGCAAUUUGGGCGAUUUGCCUCAAUCAAAUCCAAAAGAAUUUGUUAUGAAUUGGUUCAACAACCAUAUAGAUGAAACCUACGAAAAAUUUUUAGAUGGUUUGGAUCCAAACGGGAGUUCAGAUAACUUCCAAUCUUUUGAGAGUUCCAUAGAUGAAUCUGACAAUGACAGUUAUAGGCUGUCGAAGCGAUUGAAUAUCACUUUCCGCAAGGCUUAUACAAAAAGGCGGAGAAUGUCAAAAACUAUGAAACCAGGUAGAAAGCUAGAAUUCAGCUCUAGCGAAAAUGAGAUGGAAACUCCCAAGAAUCAAGAUUUAGAUAUAGUCAACUCAAAUUUCACCAAUUUCAAAGAAAGUUCUGUUGAAAGUGGCAUUGUCAGUGUGCCUAGUCCCAAACAGAUCAAAGACUCUUUAAAUAGAGAACAAAAAGAGAAUAUGGCAUGUAGUAGUUACAAAUAUUGUAGCAAUGAAGCUAAAAUAGCUGAUGCGCAGCCAAUACCUUGUAUAAAAGUAGAACAGGCUUGUAGCGGUUAUAAAUCGUACAGUAUUGAAAAUAAACAGUGCCUUGGGAAGCUUAUUGGCAAUAGUAGGAGUGGAUAUAAGUCUAAUGGCGCCAAAAGAAUGACUUCAAGUCCUUUAGAGAAAGAGGUGGAGCCAAUGCAAGAUGUAACCCAUGUUAUAGCUAGCCAAAGUAGUGGUUACAAAUCAAGCACCUCGGAAAAUAGAAAUGUAGCUUUGAAUUUAGUAGCUGAAAACCAGAAUGAGGUAAAUCGCACAUUUAAAGUAACGACUAUUGAAGAAAUAAAUAGAGAAUCUCAAAGAAGAAGUACGAAUACCACAGAGAGUUUCAAAACGUGCUCCUUGUUAAGUAAUAAGUUUGAAAAGAAUAUUUUUGAGAUUACGGAAGAUCUGAGUGGUAAUAGUACGUUGAAUAAAGUGAAGACGGAUCAGAAUAACAGGAAGAGUGAGAGCACAGUUUCAUCGGAACAGAGUUUUGUUAGCGUUUCUGAAGUAUAUAGAUAUGAAGACACGGAAGAAGGGAUAGUUUUGUAUGAGAAGAGACUACUGAAAGCACCAAGUGAUUGCAAUGGUACCAUAAUGACAACAUCGUCCAAAAUGUCUUCCCUGCCCGAGUGUUUCGAUUACGAUUCGGACAAAUUAAGAGCUGAAUUGACCUCGCACGGGUUCGCACCUGGACCUAUAACAGUUACCACCAAGAAGGUUUACUUGAAGAAACUGUAUCAGUUGAAAAGGCAUGCGCCUGUUGUUGCCAUCAAUCCUGUUGUUCAGAAGAAAGUCUUCUCACUGGAAUUAGAAAAGACACUACGUGACCCGAAGUGGACCUUGGACCUCGCCAGUUUCAAAUCCUUAGAAGAAGUCGUAACAAAAGAUUUCGCUAAACCUGAACCCUCCAGAAAAUGGAGAGAGGGCAUCAAUAAAACUUCCUUCACUUACCUGCUGCUCGAUCCAAGGAUAUCGGAUAACCUGCCGUGUAGAUCGGAUUUACUUGAGCCCAAAGAUGUCUGGAAGAUUUUCUUGUCUUCUAUAUUUUAUGUUGGCAAAGGCAAAAGAUCCCGACCUUACUCCCACCUUUAUGAAGCCGUGGGUCUCUGGCGCCAAGGCAAGCUUGACUCAGACAGCAAAAAACUAAAAACCAUCUUGGACAUAUGGCGAGACGACUUGGGAGUGGUCUGUCUACACAUUUUCCAAAACACCAUCCCUGUUGAGGCGUACACUAGGGAAGCAGCGAUGAUCAGUGCCUUGAAGCUGGAGAAUCUGACGAAUAUGAAGGCAGGAGAGUUCUAUGGGACCGCGUCAACUUGGACGCAGAAGCAGAAAAAAUUGUUGGGGGUGCUUUUGUUGUAUAAGGCAAAAGACAUAUUUUUGAGCGAAGGGGAAAGACAGCUCUAUCCGCAAGAUAUUAAAUAGGUUUCUUAGCUCAGACGGGCAUUUCACAUGGGUCAAAACUUUUUUUUGAAUUAACCACUCAUUUCACAUUAUCCAAAUUUACAUUUAAUUCUACUCAGGUAUUACUGCGUCACGUCAUAGACCUGCAACUUAACUUACGGCUCAUGUUGACUAUUAUCGCACUUUAGAAAUGUAAUUUUGACAUAAGUUAAUUAUUAUAUCCCGAUAAUUUUAUAAAGAAAAAAGAUUUUAUUUUAAACUGCAUGUCUUACAAUCGAGACUUGAUUUCAAAACAGAUUAAACUGAUAAAAACACAAAGUCUUUAUUAUACUUUUUGCGGAUGAGCUCUUUAUAAAAUCGUAUUCACCAUAAUGUAUUUUUUUUACAUUGGAUAAAAAUGCAAUGACUAUGUCUAGUCUUAUUAUAUUGACUACUAUGUAGGUUUUGUUAGAUAUGCGUAUAUUUUAUUUUUAUAUAAACGAAAUGACUUAGCGAUAUCAUUUAUAUUGAAGACAAUAAAGA